UCAUAGGAUUGUUACACAUAUUGACAGCCGUGCUGUGUCAUCGCUUCACAUAUAAACAUAUGUUUUUCUGAUGACUAACUGACAUCUGCAUUUGACAUGUUAGCUGCAAGCUGACAUGUUCAUCUGAUCGUCCACAGGUGUUGGGAAUUUUUCAUUCAUUUCAUCAGGAACAGCGAGUGACCAGUUGAAAUGGAAGACGUGACCACUGGGGGUGGACCUUUGUCCGGUGUGACGUUUUAUCUUCUGCUGGCAACCGUCACUGCGGCUGUUUACGUCAUCUACAACAAACUGACGUCACAGGUCAGUUGGGAAAAAUAUGGCGUCAAGCAGGUGAAGAUGGGAAUCUUCAAUAUAAGAGAAGGGAUCACAAAGCUGCUGGAGGAUCACGGGGACACUGUUGGCAUCAACCGAGGUGCCUUGUUUCUGGUGACGCGAGAUCUCGGCGUCCUACGGGAAGUGAUGAUCAAAGACUUCACCAACUUCGUAGACCGAGCCCUCGCUAUCAGCACGGCCUCCGUCGUCGAGAGGGGAAUAUUCUUCCUUAAGGGAAACGACUGGAGGAGGAUACGACAGAUUAUGUCCCCUUCAUUCAGCACCGGUAAGCUGAAAUACAUGGCCAAGACAAUCGAAGAACGAGCCAUCAAGCUGACCCAGGUGCUAGAAGACUAUGCCAGACAAGGGAAACUGGUCCCCGUCCGUGACGUCACUGGUCAGUACACGAGUGAGAUCAUCGCCAGGACAGCGUUCGGCCUCAAUACCAGCAGUCUUGGAGGUCCGGACGAUGAGUUCACCUUCUACAGUAAAAAGAUGUUAAGAGAGCGCGGAAAGAUCAUGGGCAUUGUUAUGUUCUUUUUCUUCAGGUUUAGGACUUUCCACAAGUUUUGUGUUAAGACCCUAAAGCUCACGUUUUUAGACGGAUUUUGGGAAGAAUCUGAGGUAUACUUUAAUACCAUAUUGAAAAGAUCAAUCGCCGACAGGACGAUGAAAGAGAAAAAUGGAGAGAAGGUGCCACAGGAUUUUCUGCAGAGUCUGUUGCAGGCUAAAGCAGCAGGGGACAGGGGCCAGGUUCUAGAAAACACUGACGACAUUGACGAUGAAAUGUCGAGAAACAGCGUUGGCUGGGACAAACAACCAAAGACAAUGUCCACUGAGGAGCUGAUGGGUCAGUCCGUGUUGGUCAUAUUUGCUGGGUUUGAGACCACGUCAACGGCCCUACAGAUGUGCCUGUUUUUGUUGGCCAAACAUCCAGCCAUUCAGGAGAAAAUGUGUGAAGAGAUCGAGAGAGUGGUUCAGGGAGAGACCCCAAAGUACGAGGAGCUGCAGCAGUUGACCUACGUGGAGCAGGUGAUCAACGAGUCACUGAGACUCUACCCCCCGGCCUCAAUAGUCACCAGACAAGCAGCGGAGACCAAGACCUACGGGAACAUCACCAUCCCUAAAGGAGCGGGGGUCAUGAUCCCUAUAUUCGCUGUGUUGAAAGACCCCAAGCAUUACCCCGAUCCCGAAAAAUUCGACCCCGACAGGUUUAGUGAAGAAAACAAAGCCAAGCGUGACCCUAUGGCCUUCAUGCCUUUCGGAUAUGGCCCCAGGAUUUGUAUUGGGAUGAGACUUGCUUACCUGGAGUUAAAGAUGGCGCUGGCUACAUUGUUCAGGAAAGUCAGGGUAGAGGUGAAUGAGAACACAGAGCCCAAGAAAGGAGGGGAUAUUGUGAUUAGUCCCAUGGGAAUUUUAAGAACAGAAAAACCUGUUAUGUUGGCCUUCAAACUAAAGCCAGAAUGAUUCUUAAUUAAAUAUAAUAAAUAUAAAACACAACAAUAAAUAUAAUAUUUAUAAACAGCCAUUUCUGUGAAUGUAUGAAGGCAUUGGUUUAUAUUUAAAAAAAAACAACCAUUGUACAUAGCAAUAAGAAGCAAACACAAACAAAAAUAUUGUGAACAGAGGGAAUAAACUCAGGUUUAGAUUAUAAAGGGCUGCUUAAGUUUGUCACAAAACUCAAAUACUCUAAAGUGUAAUGCAACUAAAAACAAACCCUGCACCUAUUUAGCCAGAGAUCCUAUAUGUUUCAAAUAAUUAUAUAUCACAUAAAUUCAGACUGUAUAUCCGUGCAAUAAAAUUUAAAACACAUUCAUCGUGUAUAUUGAAGACUAAUAUAUUAUAUGUAAUACAGCUCAAUAAAAGAUUUAUUUGUAUCU